CACUUUGUCAUUUGUGUUUAUGCACGUACGCGUUCGGUUGCAUGGCCAUUUCAUGCACAUCGUGACUUUGGACCAAAAUGCGUCAUUGGUAUUGCACUUGAAAUAUGGCGUCACCUGCUCUAGCAGGUAAACCAGUGUGGAGUAGUAAUGUGUGGAUCACAUCUAUCAUCCUUCUCUUCGUUCCAACCUUGAUACAAUGUCAAACGGAUGGAAGCAUACGCCUUGUCAAUGGCCCCGAUGCACACCAAGGUCGGGUUGAGAUCUACCACGAUGGCCAGUGGGGAACAGUCUGCGAUGACAGUUGGGAUGUCAAUGAUGCGAGGGUAGUUUGUCGACAGCUUGGAUAUUCGGGCAAUGUUGGACUGGCCUGGUCUAAUGCUCACUACGGACAAGGAUAUGGUCCCAUAUACCUUGAUGACGUAGCCUGUUCAGGAUAUGAGUACAGCUUGGUGGACUGCAGUAGUAGCAGUUGGGGUAACCAUAACUGUGGACAUCAUGAAGAUGCUGGAGUUGACUGCAGUGGAGAGGGUGGCUCAGAUGGAGACGUCCGUCUUGUUAACGGUAACACCGACUACGAAGGUAGGGUGGAGUUUUACUUUAAUGGUCAAUGGGGUACAGUUUGUGAUGACCUUUGGGAUGAACUCGAUGCAACGGUAGUCUGUCGACAGCUUGGAUACACAGGAUCUGCUGUAGCCAGGACUAAUGCUUACUUCGGGGAAGGAACUGGACUAAUACAGCUUGAUGAUGUCAGCUGCGACGGAUCAGAGUUUAGGCUGACUGACUGCAGUAAUGCUGGAUACGGCGUCAACAACUGUGGCCAUUCUGAAGAUGCUGGAGUUAAUUGCGAAGAUGUAAGAGACGGAGAUGUCCGAAUUGUUGAUGGUCCCACUGAAAACCAAGGUCGGGUUGAGAUCUUCUACAAUGGCCAAUGGGGGACAGUCUGUGAUGACCACUGGGACAACGUUGAUGCGAGGGUGGUUUGUCGACAGCUUGGAUACUCGGGCAAUGUUGGUAUAGCCAAGAAUGGUGCUUACUAUGGUCAGGGAUCUGGAGCGAUACACCUUGAUGACGUCUACUGCUGGGGAUCUGAGUCUAUGUUAAGUCAUUGUGGUAAUGAUGGAUGGGGCAUCAAUAACUGCGGGCAUAACGAAGAUGCUGGCGUGAGCUGCGAAGAUGGUGCUGAUGGAGACCUACGCCUUGUCAAUGGUAUCACUCCUAACGAAGGUCGGGUAGAGAUCUUUCAUGAUGGCUUGUGGGGUACAGUCUGCGAUGAUAGUUGGGAUGUCAAUGAUGCUAGAGUAGUUUGUAGACAGCUUGGAUACUCGGGUGAUGCUCUGGCCAAGACUGGAGCUCCCUAUGGACAAGGAUCGGGGCCAAUAUACCUCGAUGAUGUUGGCUGUACGGGAUCUGAGUCAAGCUUAAUUUAUUGCAGUAAUCGUGGGUGGGGCACCCACAACUGCGGGCACUCUGAAGAUGCGGGAGUUUAUUGUAUUGACGCUGUCAUAGAUGGACGCAUUCGCCUUGUGGAUGGCUCUUCGUCAAAUGAAGGCCGUGUCGAGAUCUACUACGCUGGCCAGUGGGGUACUGUCUGUGACGACUACUGGGACGACAAUGAUGCCAUGGUGGUUUGUCGACAGCUUGGAUACUCGGGCGUUGCCCUGGCAAGGACAAGUGCAUUCUAUGGGCAAGGUUCUGACCCAAUACUUCUUGAUGAUGUCAACUGUUCAGGUUUUGAGUCCAGGUUGGAUGAAUGUAGUCAUAAUGGCUGGAGUAGCAGCAAUUGUGGUCAUUCUGAAGAUGCAGGGGUUUACUGCUAUGACGAAGGAACAGAUGGACGAAUUCGACUUGAGGGUGGUUCUUCAGCAAACGAAGGCCGGGUUGAAAUCUUCUACGGUGGCCAAUGGGGGACAAUAUGUGAUGACGACUGGGAUGACAAUGAUGCGAGGGUAGUUUGUCGACAACUCGGAUACUCUGGUUAUGCUAAGCCAUUGACUGGGGCUUUCUACGGACAGGGAUCCGAUCCGAUCCUUCUUGAUAAUGUCGACUGCUUCGGAUAUGAGUCACGGUUAACGGAGUGUAGAAGUCACGGAUGGGGCGUCCAUAACUGUGGACAUUACGAAGAUGCAGGGGUUUAUUGCCAUGACGAUGGUAUGGAUGGACGAAUUCGGCUAGUGGAUGGUCCUUCUUCAAACGAGGGCAGGGUCGAGAUCUUCUACUUCGGCCAGUGGGGGACAAUCUGUGAUAACAGUUGGAGUACCGCUGAUGCGCAGGUAGUUUGUCGACAGCUUGGAUGGUAUGGUGAUGCUGAGGUCAGGAAUGGUGGUUACUACGGACAGGGGUCUGGGCCGAUAUUCCUUGACGAGGUUGGGUGUGACGGUUAUGAAACCAGUUUGAUUGGAUGCAGUCAUUUAGGAUGGGGUAUCCACAACUGCGUAGGUCUUCAUUCUGAUGAUGCAGGAGUCUACUGCUCUCCUGAUUCUCUAACUACAACUUCAGAGUCUACGGCGCGGGAUGAACCUACGGCGAGGAUUGGAGCUGAUACUGUCUUUGCCGUGAUGUGCGCUGUGGGUGUGUGCUUGGUCUUCCUCACUGUGGUUGCUAUCAUUGCGGUCUGUUGCACCUGCCAUAAAUCAAAACCUUCUGUGAUGCCAGAACCAUCAGAACCAGCGAUUCCUCUCAACACCAUGAACGCUCAUAACCCUACAGGCACCGACGUCCCAGUGGCUUCUACCACAAAUGCAACAUCUGGUGUGGUGUACCCACCUCCUCUGCCUAACCUACCACCUGUUAAUAUGUACCCACCACCUAUCCCUCCUGCUGCACCCGUGCCGUAGGCACCUUCUCAAGAAAGAACCUCCGCAACAAUGUAUUCUAUUAUUCACUAACGUAUUUAACAAUGCAUAAACUUGUGACGUGAGAUUUCCGACCCUCCAUCCAACACAUACCCACACACAUAUAUGCCGGGGCGUCGAUCCAUUCUCAGGUGGGGAAAUCAUGAAUCAACGUUACAAAGGCGCUCAAUCACACAAAACAAACU